AGUGCAGCGCGAUAUAAACGCCACAGUGAGGGGAGUGACUGUGGAGCUGCAGUUAGCAUCAAAAGCCUGGGUUAGAAACAUAAAACUACAGUAAAUAAGAUGUCUGACGAUGAUAAAUUACCGCCCGGAUGGGAAAAGCGCAUGAGUCGGAGCUCAGGCAGGGUUUACUACUUUAACCACAGUACGAACGCGAGUCAGUGGGAGCGGCCGUGUGGAGGUGGUGGCGGGGGGGCGGCGGUGGACAAGGUGCGCUGCUCUCACCUGCUGGUCAAACACAACCAAUCACGCAGACCGUCAUCAUGGAGAGAGGAGAACAUCACACGCACCAAAGAGGAAGCUCUGGAGCUCAUACACAGGUAUAUAGAUCAGAUAAAGUCCGGAGAGGAGGACUUUGAGACGUUGGCAUCUAAGUUCAGUGACUGCAGCUCAGCACGCAACGGGGGAGACCUGGGCAUGUUCGGCAGGGGUCAGAUGCAGAAGCCGUUUGAAGAAGCCUCGUUUGCGCUGAAGAUCGGAGACAUGAGCGGUCCAGUGUUUACCGACUCCGGGGUUCACAUCAUCCUACGUACAGGAUAACUCUCAUCCCUUCAUUCCUCUCUUCUUCUCUUAUUCCACUUCAAAUAAAAGUCUAUGGACUUUAAUCUAACACACACACACACGAACACACACGCUUUUCCCCUCAGAUUACACACAGUCACUUUUAGGUUGUUUACAAUAAAGCGUCUGUAUUAAAAAUGAAAGUGACCACUGAACAUGGCAGGUUUCAGACUUCAUCUGAGCCCCUGAUUGUUGUUCCUGCUCUCUUAUUAUUUCAUCAUGAUGUGUCCUGGACACGGUGUCUAACCUGCAGAGAUGGAUAAUGACCAAUAAAUAAGAUCUCAUGAUAAAUCCA